AUGAAAUGGGAGCCUAUAUGGAAUAUCACGCAUCGAUAUCUCUACUGUCGUUGCGUCUUGCGCAGAUCCACCCCAUCGUCACUCUGCCCGGAGAUUACCAUCCUCAUCAAUCAUAGAUGUCCUCGACACAGCAGGAAGGUAGCUACACACGCCGACUACGGCGAUGUGGACUACCAUCAAGAUCCAUAUUUUGAUCAAUUUGGAGGUUAUAACGCAUUUCGUGCAAUGGUAUAUUCGAUAUUUCCAGAUAUGUAUGACAAGGCUCUUGGUGGAUAUGCUUUCAUACCAGAGAAAGAGCUGCGUGGCGUUCUUGACGAUUCGAUAUCUGCAAUUGAUCGACUGGGAGAAACGUUUGAGGAUGCAGUUCAUGAAUACAUGUACGAUGUGUUUGAAGACGCCGAUCGAAUGGGCAUCCCGCUUCCUGAUUAUGCCCUUGAAAUUAUCCGUGUGAGUCGAGAACAGACACAGGAAAGCAAGAUGCAGGACUCCCUUGUUCACCCAGAUGCUUUCAAAGACUUUCUGGAGUGCCCGAUGAUGCAAGAGGUUGAAGAUAUCCUACAUGGCCGAUGGUCGAGGAAGCGGCAUUGGGCGGUCGCUAAUUGCUAA